CUUAAUGUUACAGCACUACUGCCUCUUUCUCAAAAUAAUACAACAGAGUCAAAGAAUCAAAUCAAAUGUCUACAAAUGUUUGUUAUAUUUAUAUAAAACUCAAAAUUUUGUUUACAGAAUGCUGUUUUUCAUUUAAACAAGUGAUUAAGUAUUAAAGAAAAACUCUUACAACAAAUAUGUCAACGGAAGAGACAGAAAAUGACCAUGAUUAUGCUGCGAGUCGGCUAAGAAGUGAUAAUGAUAGUAGUGAUAUACGUCCCCGAACUAUUCUACGGAUAAUACGCAAUUUUAUUUAUUUAUUUAUUUAUUCAUUCAUUCAAGUAAUACAAAGCCUUUAAGGCCAAUCUAACAUAUUACUUAGGGCUAGCGUAAGCGGGAGUAAUCUGACUAUAAAUGCCUCUGGAGGUACGAUGGAAAGUGAUAAUGAUAUAUUCUAUGAUGACGAUGAUGAUGAUGGUGGUGGUGGAGACGACGAUGCUGCUAAUGAGAUCAUGAAUUCCAACUCAUCUACCAUAACUUUUGAAACAGAUAAUAGAUCAGAAGAUUCGAUUAGCACGGUGACAACCAUAUCCUCCGAUCAAACACAUUCCGAACAGUCCAGUUCGUCUGAACAAACUAAUUUCUCAGAGCAAACUAGUGAUUCCAUGUCAUCGAGAUCUGUGCAAUCCGAAGCAGCCUCCAUAGAAGAAAAUCCUCAGCCAGUUGUUGAUGCUGCUUCAAAUGCUCUUGAAAUUCAACCAGUUGCCAACGUAAAUAUGAAUUCCAACAAUGAAGUAAUAAAUUUAGACUCUCCUUCACCACCUAAAAAGCGAAAACGUUUAUCGUUAGAGGCGAGUGCCAUCAGUUGCACUCCCAAAGUAAAAGCCAGAAACGAAAAUGAUUUGGACGAUGAAGACGAUGGCUUAACAUGUCCCAUUUGUUUGGAUAAUUGGGAAAUGUCGGGGGAACAUCGACUUGCAUCGCUUAAGUGUGGCCAUUUGUUUGGCGAUUCCUGCAUACGUCGUUGGCUGCAGGAGAGUUCUCGUCAGUCGGGACAAAAGGUGUGCCCGCAAUGUAAAACAAAGGCACAUGCCAAAGACAUACGCUAUUUAUAUGCAAAACGUUUAAGAGCCAUAGACCGCAGUGAAGAGCACCGUAUGCGUGAACAGCUGACUGAAGUACAAAGUAAAGCACAAAGUUUGACAUUGGAAUUGGCAACUUUAAAGAUGUCAUAUGCUCAGGUAACGCAAAAACUAAAGGCAUUAGAAUCUGACAAUGAUUCACUCAAUGUUUUGCUGAGAAAUGGUGGCGGCUCCGCUUCUAACUUUCCAAAAAUUGUAGCUCGAAAAGCUUCGUUAAUGUAUAAAUUGUUUAUGGAACGUAAUAUUGAGAUAUCAAGAGAGCCUGGUUGUCGUGUUCUGACUUAUGCCAAGGAACAUACCGCUUUAAUAGUUUCUCAAAAGAGCAUCCAGAAUCUAUUUCCCGGCUAUGGUUUAAGAUUUGUCGAUACAAUUUCCUUUAAACCAACUAAUUUUCUACAUACUUCCCUUAAGCUAGUGAGAGAUAUAAGUCUAUCUGAUGACCAGCAGUUACUAGCGGCCGCAAGCAUGGAGUCAAAGGUAAAACUAUUUGAUUUGCGCACUCUUUCAGUGGCGGCAACAUUUAAGCCGGCGGAGAAACCAUUAUGGUCCUGUUCUUUAGGGCGCAGAGAUAGUGAGCACUUUCUCUACCUUGGCUCUCAGCAAGGCAGCAUUUAUGUGUAUGACACACGUUUGCCAGAUACAAUUUUGAGCGAACAUCAAGCCGAAGGAGAUUUUAGCCCCGUGAUACAAGUAGCUUCAAUACCAUCCAGUCAAUUAUUUCCUUGUGGUGGAUUUCUGGUGUGCAAACUUACAUCUUUGUGGUUUUAUGAACAUACGGGAGGUGUGACACGCUCAACGCGUCUAGCUAUAGAAGGACGUUUUAUUUCCAUGGAUUUUAAUGCCGCCCAAUUUAGUCUACUAGUACAAACAAGGAGUUGUGCCCGUUAUCCUCGCGCGCGUUAUAUACUAGGAAAACUUAAUAAAAUCAAUAGCGUUCCAGUGUAUGAAAUACAAGUUACAUUCUUCGCAUCCACCAACAGUCCCGUGAUGGCUCGUUGUUCCCAAAUCACCGUGGAUUCAAAUACACUAGUAGCGUCGUAUAUACAAGAUUCAAAAUUAUUAUCAUUAUAUGAUGCUAAUCGUGAGCAGUGCAUACAAUCAUUGCCAGCGCAAGAUAUAAUUUAUGAUACUUGCCCCAUAUACACAAAAGAUUUUACCUAUUUGGCCGCCUUAACCGAAACCAAAUGCAGACUAUACAAAUUAAACUCUACCUAAAGGAUAUUUCCAUUACUUAAUACUAUUAAUUACUACUCCUUGUUUUUUUAUUAAUAUAUGUAAGUGUUUAAAUUUAAACAAACAAAAAUGAUAAAUGUAUAGGUAUUUUUUUAUUAUCAAACCAAAUUUGUGAAUGUAAGAUAUAUACAGUGUCUCUCAUAAGUAUUCGAAUUUAGGUAUAAUAUGAAAAGAAACCAAAUUUAAUAAUAUAUUUUGAAUGCAAAAUUCAUAACUUAAUUUGUUAAAUUGUCUAGACAGUCCUUAGCUUUGAUAUCACACUUUUUAAAACUUUAAAAAUUCACAUUUACUUAAAUUAAUUUAGCUUUAUUUAAAAAAAGUCCAUAAAAUUACCUCACAAAAGUAUACGAAUUUUUCCUGUAUUUCAUAUUUGACUAUAUUAUACGAAACACAAAAAUUAGAAUCGAAUGUUUUUUUGCUAAAAAUUGUUUUAAGGGGUAACUAUCAACCGAAUGGAUAUACUUUUGGCCCAUUUGGUCCACAAUUUUGGGGCAUUUGUGCCAUCUUUUCAUGUAAUAUCAUUAAAAUGGCGAUUUUUGACAAUAUUUGUAUUUUUUCUCCUUUUUCCCAGAGAUAAAACCAAAAUUUGUUAUUGGGAUUUAAUAUACCCCUUGGGGUAUCUAAAAACAAUAUUUUUUGUUACAAGAAUCUGUAUUUAAACGUUCCAAUAUAUAUUAUUGGAAUCAUUCUUCUAUCGCUAAUUCAAUUUAUUGGAUCUCAAGUCCAUUUUUAUAAUACCAGGGUCAAAAAUUUUCGGGGAAACUUGUCUUCUAUAUAUUGUUUUAGAUAUCAGCUGUUAUACAUUUAAAGUCUUCAAUAUAUUGUGGAAGUGUACAAUUCCAAAGCAUGCCUCGAAGAAACGCCAUACAAUAUAGUGGAAUCAUUCUUUUUAUAACCAAUGGCCUCUAGGCUGAAUGUCGCCAUAUCAUUAUGGUCUAACUCAAAAAUAUUGAUAUCUGUUUAAAUAUUAUCUACUAUGAUCAAAAUAAACCCAAAAUUUUGGACAUACAGCGUUGUUGUAAUGGGCAACAUAA